CGGCGGAGGGGAUUCCGGCCUUGCGAUGUGGUAGCCAUCAUGGCAACAAAUCACCUCGAAGUGCCAAUCAUUUUCUUCGCUGCAUGGAAAGCAGGUGGAGGUUGUUCCGCACUGAAUGUUGGAUUGUUUGCCGACGAUAUCCGAAGCAGAAUCAUUGAAACUCGAGCCAGUUUUAUCGUCACGGAUGAACAGAGAGCUGAUAAAGUUCUGAAAGCUAUCCAAGGCUUGAACAUGCAGGCGUUCGUGAUUGGACAAGCAGAAGGUUACACUGCAAUUGAUCAGCUUUUACAAGACGAUGGCCAAGAAGGUGAACAUGAUUUUCAAUUCGAUACGGAUCCUCCGGCAUGGCUGACUUAUUCCAGUGGUACCACUGGAAAACCCAAGGGUAUUUUGCAUACUCAUUAUUCGCUGAGUCCCUACGUGCAGCCGUCUGACAAGGCACAAGAAUCAGAAAUGGUGGGCCAAAAAUUUAUGUUCACUAAUUCGAUGAUUCACGGUACAGGUUUGUUCAGCUUCAUGAGAAGCACCGUGGACCACCGAAACACUUUUACAUUUUCGAAUGCCAACCUUGAAGCUCUUCUUCAAGGCAUUCACUCGAUAAAGCCUUCAUGCAUCAGUAUUUUCCCUAAUGAGCUGGCCGAAAUUUGCCAACACCCUCAUCUCAAUCAGUACGAUCUUACCAGCGUGGAAACUAUAAUUUAUUCAGGCUGUGCAAACUUGCCACUAUUCGAACGUAUAAUUUUUGAAAAAAUGCCGAAUCUCCGUAAUUUAAUAAGCAUGUACGGUAUGUCGGAGACGAUGUUGAUUACUCUGGACAAUCCAAAACCCCUUACGAAUGCCACCAUGGAUAGAAAUGAUAUCAUUAAAAGUCACCUUGUAGGCUGUGCUGGAAAGGUUUUACCCUUCGUCAAACUAAAGAUAAUCGAUCCGAUUGAUGGCAAUAAAUUGGGGCCGAACGAAAUCGGUGAAAUAGUCGUCCACACUCCGUUUCUCAUGAAAGGAUAUCUCAAUCAGAUAAAAGAAUGGCAUACCAAUGGAUGGUUCAACACUGGAGAUCAAGGAUAUUACGACGCAGAAAACAAUCUAUUCGUAAUUGGACGAUAUAAAGAGCUAAUCAAAUACAAAUCGAGAAAGGUAGCUCCGAGCAAUAUUGAAACACAGUUAAUGACUCACUCUGCCGUCAAAGACGUGGCCGUUGUUGGACUGCCUCAUGAUAUCGACGGGGAGCAUCCAUUAGCUUAUGUCGUCAUCAAAAUGGAUGACCAAGGUCAUCCGCUGGUCACUGCCAAGGAGUUAAUCGACUUUACCAACGAGAGAGUUGUCGAUGAAGAGCAACUACGAGGAGGUGUCCGUUUCAUCGAACGUAUUCCGCGUAAUAAAUUUGGCAAGGUUGUGAGACAUCAGCUGGUGGCAAAUCUUCAUUGUGAAGAUGCAUCCAGCCGUUGUUUUUAACUUUUUUUGAUGGUAAGAAAAGAAUCUCCGUUAGAAAUGAAGUGAGCCGACGAUUGAAACUGUUAUGGUAAUUUCCCUUGAUUUGUGACGCUCGUAUUCAUUUUAUUAUACAGCACAAUAAGAAAAAAGCCUCUGAAUUGUGACGAUCAAACCCAAAGACAUUUCUAAAUGGUUGAUCAACCACACGAUGGGCUGAAAUAAAACAAUUUACGCGUGAA